ACACUGAAAAGAUAACUUUGUCACAAGGCCCGAUUAAUUCGUCAAUCGGGGUAAAAUAAUUUGUUUUGCGAUAUAACUGUGAAAUGACAAACUCAUGGAAGUAACAUAACAAAUUGAUCGAGCACUAUUACAAAGUUUCAACUGGUGUUGACAAAAACAAACUUGCGCAUGACUGAUUAAUUUGCGUGACGAAUCUUCGCAACCGUAAUUGACAAAUCCUCUUCGCAGUCAAUGUAGAAAUGACGAUUUAAAGUCGGCCAUAACGAAUUGUAUUACAAAUUAUUUGCUGAAAAACAAAUCAAUUUGUUGACGCAAAAUGCAUGACAAAUUUAGCUCCUGAAGACAGUUUGGGACACCCCGCACAUAAUCAGCGUCUUUCGAAUCACUCGCCGGUCGCCGUGAUUUAGCUGCGAGGCAAGGCUUGGGAAGAUCGAAAAAGGCAGUUACCUUCAGAGAGUCUAGAGCUACAUGUACUUAGUGCUAAUUUCUUCGAAACAAGAUCACAUGAAAUUCUCAAGAUCAACGCAUGAUGGAAGCAAAUAGGUUGAGGUUACUGGGUGACAGGGCUUGAAUGAAAAAAAUAUAGUGAACAGUCAAAGGUCCUUCCAAUUGUGCAAAAAAUCAAUUUGAAAAAAAAAGUACUUUGAGAUUUGUUUUAUAGACAAUACACCUCAUACUCGUGAAGCAUCACCAAGAAAAGAUGCGUUUUACAUGUAGUCGUUGCCUUUUUGACACACAAAGGUUUUUAACACUCAUCAAGCAUUAUAGACAUGGUCACAAUGAUCAACCUGUACAUUGCAACAUCAAUGGAUGUCAAAAACUGCUCAAUACAACAAGACAAUAUCUGAGACAUCUAAAAAGUAAACACAAUGAAUUUUGGACAAAUCAUUGUUCUAAAAGAACCAGAAACAUAGAGGCUGAUGAGGUUGAAGAAAAUAUGGAUAAUGGUGAUGAAAUUGUUGAAAAUGAAGAUGCUGCUAAUGAUGAUAUUGAGCAUGACGAAGUUGAUAGUGAUGAUGAUAUAGAAAUUGAUGUUCCUCAAUGUGUUAGUUCUUUUUUAUUAGGGUUAAGAGAGGAACAUAAAUCAAGUAGUUCGGCAUGUAGUUACACAGCAAAACGUGUUGCAGAUCAUUUCAGUGAUUAUCGAGAAGAUGUAUCUAAAAGGAUCAAUGUCAUUUUACAAAACAGUGGUGCUGAUAUGGAGAUGAUCAACAAUAUUGGUCAGGAUAUUUCACAUGUACUCAGUGAAUCCCAGUAUGAAAAGGCAUUUACUUUUAUGUCAUCGAAAGAUUGUCUUGAAACCUAUGUUGCAGAAAACCUAGAUUUUGUUCAACCCAUUGAAUAUGUGCUUGGACGGGAUGAAAAGGGAGAUGAUGAAACAAUACAAUAUGUACCAAUUCACAAAACAAUCCAGGCAUUGUUGAAGAAAGAGGAUGUUUUUGCAGAAAUUUACAAUGGACACUUAUCACAGGAUGAUGUUCUUCUAGACUAUUGUGAUGGAUCAAAUUGUAAAAAUAAUACAUUGUUAUCUAGGGACAUGUCACUGCAGUUGCAAUUUUAUUACGACGAGUUUUGUGUUGCCAAUCCAUUAGGCAAUAAGGUGAAGAAAAUGAAAAUUGGUGCUUUCUACUACAUCUUGGGAAAUAUUUCACCACAAUUCCGUUCCAGGUUAUAUGUGAUUCAAUUAGCUACUUUAUGCUUGGCAAGUCAUGUACAAAAGCAUGGUUUUCAUUCAAUCAUCGCACCCCUGAUACAUGAUUUGAAAAUCUUGGAAACAGAGGGCCUUUCAAUAUGGAAAGAUAAUAUACAGUAUACGUUGUAUGGAACAGUGUCAUUUAUCAGUGCUGAUAAUUUGGGAGCUCACAUGAUAGGAGGAUAUCAAACACAUUUCAACCAUGGUAGAGUAUGUAGAGAAUGCAAUGUUACAAAAAGAACACUGAAGGAUCACUUUAACUGCAAAAGUCUUGAUGAAAGAUCUAGGGCAACCUAUAACCAACAAGUACAACGUGUGCAGGAGAAUCGGUCUUUGGGAAUGGUAUAUGGCGUAUUGAAGGAUUCCCAGUUUAAUCAGUUGGAAUAUUUCCACGUAACAUCGGGGUUGCCAUUCGACAUUGCACAUGAUCUUUUUGAGGGUGUGAUACCAGAAGUGAUCAACUUAACAAUAAAGCAUUGUGUCCAGCAAGGAUACUUUUCCCUUCAGUUCUUCGAUAGUACUAUACAUUCAUUUAAUUAUGGUCAAGAAGAUGUGUGUAACAAACCCACUCGCAUGUCCACAGAUAUGGGAAGUUUCAGAGUAAAACAAACAGCUGCUCAGGCAUGGUGCCUGCUGCGUCUCCUCCCAGUUAUGAUUGGUUAUGCUGUACCAACCACUGAUACUAGAUGGCUGGUUUUGUUAUUGCUAUUGGAUGUGGUAGAAUAUUGUGUGGCCCCAAGAGUGAAUAAAGUCAUGACAGACUUCUUAGCAUAUCUUAUAGAAACAUUUCUUUCAACAUACUACAGUGAAUAUGAUGAUAUAACAAUGAAACCUAAAUUCCAUUUUGUGACACAUUACCCUGGCCAAAUGCUUAAAUUUGGACCACUAGUCCAUUGCUGGACCCUUAGAUUUGAGGGGAAGCACCAUUUCUUUAAGGAACUUGCAUGGCGGACAAAAAAUAGAAAGAAUAUACUAAAAACACUCGCUGAAAGACAUGAAUACUAUCAGACAUGGUGCAGGUCACGUUCAGAGGAUUUUUUAACCAGUGACACAAUUGAGCACACAGGUGGCGAGCUAGUCCCCAUCAGAUUGUUAUCAAAAGAAAUGCACCAGCUACUAUUGCCUCUCGAUAAGGAAGCUGAAUUUGUUUAUAAGGUGGAGAAAGUAUCUUCAAAUGGUACAUGGUACAAGUCUGGAUCUGCUGUUGUACUACAAAAAAGAGAUGAAAGCUACCAGUUUGGGGUAAUUGACACAAACUUUAUCAUUUCUGGAAUGGUGUUUGUUGCUUGUAAAACUCUUAUUACAACAGAGUACCUACAUCAUGUACACGCAUAUGCUGUUUCUGAUGAUGGUGGACAGCUAGUACUUGUGAGAGUUUCCGAUCUGGCUGAUUAUCAUCCUCUUUCAAUAUACACUACAGGAUAUUCCAAGUUGAUUGUAAUGCGCCAUCAUAUUUUGUAACUUGGGUCUUUGAAACAUAUCUUGGACCACUAGUCCAUGAAUGAAUCCUGUCAUACACUACAGCUACAAUGCCAUUAUUGAAAAUGACUAUUUUGAAUAUGUUCUGCAAAUAAAUGUCACAGAAUUACCGUGUUGUGUAUACAUGUCUAUAACACAAUAAAUCUCAAAUGUAUUUCAGGUAUUUGGUACUCUGUAAUGGGUUCAAGAAAGUUGUAUCCUUGCAUGGCCCUGUCACAGCUACAGAACUAUCUGAAGAAGCCAGAAAGGCUUUUCCAGACUUACAAGGAACUUUUCGGCUCCAAGUAUUUGAUGAAGACUUUGGAGAAUAUGUUGAUUUAGAGUUUGGGGAAGAAGUCAAGCAUAAAGCAAAGAUCCAAGUUCUGCAAGUUUUCGAAGUACAGAUUCCAGUUUCAUCCCAUAGUGAACUUCUGCAGAAUGGUGCAAAGGCCUCAGAAGAGCCAGCAAGAGAGUUUGUACCAGUGAGUGCUAGUGCUUCAAGAUCCAGUGAGACAGCAGAAAGUGGUGAUGCAAGUUCAGCAGAAGAUCACAAUCUUGAACGUAAAGGAAGCCAAGAUCAAGUGGCAGUCAGUAGAUCUGGAUGGUACACAAAAUACAAGCUACCUCAGUUUCCAGAAGAGCUUACUAACAUGUUGAAAUCUGGUGCUGUAAAGUCUCAUCAUGAAUCGGCAAUUCUUGAUAUCAUAUUUGAGUCAAUACGUCACCAUACACUGUAUCCAACUCCUCGUGAAUAUGCCGGAGUUGUGGAGCAGCUGGUUUCAAAGUUCCCAAAGAUAGCCAUGCUAGACAACACCAAUAACAAGGAACUGUGGUUAGCCAAACUCAAAUACAAAUUUCAGAACAAGCGGAAUAGGUCGGACGAUAUAAGGAAAUUGCUACAAGUUCAGAUGAGAAAAAGGAAGCAACCCAUGAAGAAACCAAGCAUGGAAUCGGCAGCAAAACAACCAGCUAAACCCAAAUUCCCACCAAUGUUUGGUCUACAAAAUUACCUACCUGAAAGACCCAAAUCAGAAGAUCCAUUAACCAUUAAGGCCCAUAUUGAGUGGCUAGCAGUUGAGAGCAAGAAAAAGCGUCCAGAUUUCAAGGAGGUCACACAACGCAUGGAUUUAACUUUUCCAGAUAGACGCCACGAAAUUGUGGAGGGUGGUGCAAGCUCUACAGUAAUCAAAGAGAAAUAUCCAUGGCUGUUUAUGCCAGAAGCUGAUGAGUUUCUUGCAGAGUUUCGCAGGAUUCAUGGUGAGGACCUAAUUACACUCUUCCACCAAGGACUACAAAGACUUGCAGAACCCCUUUCUGGACUCCACAAAGAGAGAUGCAAACGAGCCAAGAAAGAUGUGUCAGUUCCCGGAAGUAAAGAAGAAAUUGCCAUACAGAUCCUACCAACCUUCUUCAAGGAAGACCUAGGUGAUAUAUUCAUCUCAAGUGACAAGGUUGAAACGAAGCCCAUGUACGUACGUGUAUCCGGCGAUCAAGAGGAAUCCUAUGAGCUUGUUCUGGAGGAGCAUAGAGUCUGUGAAGUCCAGGAUAAAGUGCAUGCAUUGGCUUGUUACGUAGCUGGUUUUUACAUAUUCCAUUUGGCCUAUGAGCCAUCAGUCAUGAAAAUUCUGGAGUUUUGUCAACUCGGAAUUCUUCAGGUGAAAGAUGCAUGUCCUGUUGAUAAAUCUGUUAUCAACCUUCUCAACAAGUUGAAGAAGAAUGUGCCCUCCAAACAAGGGAAGUGACUGAAGUCCGGCAGAAUUCAUGGAACAGCUGUUUCUAAAGUCACACAGGCAUCUCCUUUAGGUUAAAAAUGUUACAAGUUUAAAGAUUGUAAGUAUGUAUUGAUGAAUUGUGAUUUUUUUUUAAAGAGAUUUGAGAAAGAAAGUUUAAAGUCACAUUCAGAGCACAGUAGAUGGAGAUGGCUCACACACUUGAUGAAGCAUAUUCUAUGGAAGCUUAAAAGUGCCACCGAGAUGUUGAGAUAAUUAUCUUGGGAAGUCGACAACAUGA